GCUAAUUAUGAUUAAAUUUAAUCACAAGUUUUACCUUUUGGGUAAUUUGAUUGGUGGUCGAUCGUUUAACUUACCUUUUAUCAGAAAUAAUUGGGGAUUAUCGGCUGUUAAUCGGUUCACUUGUCGUCAACAUAAUUGUAGUGACCUUAAGAUUAACGAUGUUGGUAAAAAGGUUACACUUUAUGGUUGGGUUAAACAUGUACGAACUCAUGGAUCGGCACUUUUUCUGGUCAUAAAUGAUGCUUAUGGUGAUGUCCAGUUGAUAAUAAAAAAUCCUGAUUCAAAAGUUAAAGAGCCAACCAUUGGAUCGGUGGUAAAGGCUGAAGGAAUCGUCUCCAAACGUCCAACUGGUCAAGUAAAUGAAAAGAUGAAAACAGGAGCCAUUGAGGUGAAAAUUGAGCAACUUGAAGUGAUUAACAAGAAAACAACACACACAACUAUUGUCAAAGAAUCGGAUCGAUUAAAGUACCGAUACAUUGACCUACGAACAAAAGAUCUCAGUUCUAAUCUACGAUUGAAAAGUCAACUAAUGAACAAUAUAAGAAACUUUUUCCACCAAGAAGGUUUUAUCGAGAUAGAAACUCCGAUUAUCCAGAAACAUACGCCCGGAGGUGCUCAUGAGUUUAUCGUACCAACCAGAGAUCCAAAUCAAUAUUAUUGUUUAGCUCAAAGUCCACAGAUAUUCAAACAAUUGUUGAUGGUCGGAGGUUUGGAUCGAUAUUUUCAAAUCGCUCGAUGUUUUCGAGAUGAAGUCUCUAGGCCCGAUCGUCAACCCGAGUUUUCACAGGUAGAUGUUGAAAUGUCUUUUACAACAGCCGAUGGAAUAAUUGAUCUGAUUGAAACUCUUCUUGUCGCUAUUUGGCCUUCGUUUGCCGGCUCAUUGUCGAUUCCUUUCCCUCGAAUAACCUAUCAAGAAGCUCUGGCCAAAUAUGGUUCAGAUAAACCCGAUCUUAGAAGUGACAUUGAGUUGCAUGAUCUCAGUAGUCCAUUGAGAGCAAUUACUAAAUCAUCAACUUUGGGUCUUGCAAUUCCUGGUGGAAGUGAUGAAAAUUUGAAGGAAAAACUUUACCAAGAAAUGGUGACAACGGCAAAUGAUUUAUCGUUCAAGGGCAAUGUCAUUGGACUAUUUAUUGAUGAUUUAGAUGGUAACUGGACAAUGGACAAAGAAAACGAUUCGUUUAGUAUUGAUCAAUCAACCAAACUUUAUAUUUCUCAACAAUUGAAAUUAAACAAAGGAGAUUAUCUUUUCAUCACUUAUGGAGAUCCUAAUGAAAUUCGACGUUACAUGGGAAAAUUUCGAAAUUCUUGUAUAAAAUGUAUAUCAGCUAAUGGAAUUGCCAAUGUUCAAGAUAAUUCAUUUAUUUGGAUAACUGAUUUUCCACUUUUCGUUGAAUCGGAAAACAAAAUGACAAUUGAAAGUAGUCAUCAUCCAUUUUCAUCACCUAAACCCGAUCAAUUAGAUAAACUCUAUUCCAAUCCAUUGGAGGUGAUCGGUGAUCAAUUUGACCUUGUUCUUAACGGUGAAGAAGUUGGUGGUGGAUCAAUGAGAAUCCAUGAUGCCAAUAUACAAGAAUUUAUAUUUAAACAAAUUCUCAAAGUAGAUUAUAAAUCAUUACAAUUUUUCUUGGAUGCUUUGAACUCUGGUGCUCCACCUCAUGGUGGAAUAGCCUUAGGGCUGGACAGAUUAAUACGAAUAAUUUGUAACGCAAAUUCCAUACGAGAUGUAAUCGCUUUCCCCAAAUCAUUCACCGGUAAAGAUCCACUAAGCGGAGGUCCAACACAAUUACCAGCAACGAUUCUUGAAACAUACAACAUAAAACCAACAUAAGAAUGGAAAAUUUAAUCAACCAAACUAAAUCGAAAUCCCUUCUUACCUUACAAUUGAAAAUUAAAUGAUAAAGACAAAAAGAGGAAAUUAAAUUGUACAAAUCAGCCAAGAACGAAAGAUAGAUCAUACCCGCCGUUUUCAACUCUCACGAACGAAUGAUCAGAUCCUUGGACAUCGAAGUGAAAUGAACCUAUUUUUCACUCUCUCUCCCUCCCUCUCUCUAUUUAAUUACUUCGAAUAUGUAAUAAAAUUUUGAUAGAAAAUUGUUUUACUUUAAAUGUUCAAGGAUCGUUUUCUAGAAUCUCAUACAUGUAAAACCUUUGGUUCUCGAGAUAUUUGGAAAAACGUUCGUUAAGGUUAAAAAACGCUUAGUACAAUCGACGCAAAAAAUGCGCUGCAAUUACGAUUUUGACUGGAAAAUUUUUCAUUAAAAUUGAUUGAGCUGCUAAAAAUUAUUUCUAUCAAUUGUGUUGAUUAUAUUCAAA